GAAAUGGUCUAAUAUCUGAAUGUUUUGGAUGAUUCUUUUUUGUUCAUUUUCUUCAGUGGGAUCAUGGAAGUUGGAGCGAAGAUUAUGAAGAUAAUGGAUUGGAAAUACCGUAUUAUACGCUAAUUUCUUGGAUUUUAUGGCUUUUGUUUUCUUCUUCGUUACAUUACAAUUUUCUCAUUCAGCAUCGGGAUUCCAAUCUCUUUCUUCUCUCUCUUUCUUCUCUUAAAUAACCAUUUUCAUUUCCAAUCUUCAAAAGGGUAUCAGAAUUUCCAGUUGUGGACCUGAAAAAACUCAUCUCUUAAAUGCCAACCACAAUCGGUUUUUUCAUCUUCAAAGCUCUGUGAUUCCACAAUUCGAUUUGAUGGGUUACCUCUCUUGCCGAGCGGAAUCUGCAAUUUCGACUUCGAAUUCCUUAACCCCAUCUUCUUCUACCAAUUCCUCGCAUAAAUUAGAGAAACCCCUUAAGAUCCAGCAGUUCGAUUACAGUGAUCUUGAGGCCGCCACUAAUGGGUUCUCUGAUCAGAAGCUUUUAGGCAAAGGUAGCCAUGGAUAUGUGUAUAAAGCUGUUCUUGGUGGUCGUCUUGUGGCUGUGAAAAAAUCCUCUCGAGCUCAGAUUGUUGCUCCUCCUCCUGCUCGUCCUGCUUCGUUGUCUUCUUCAAUGGCUUCUUGUGAAAUCACCAAUGAAGUGGACAAUGAGAUCGAGAUUUUGUCCAAAAUCCAGAGCCCCAGAUUGGUUAAUUUGGUGGGUUUUACAAAUGAUUCCAAGGAUAGGCUUCUGGUGGUUGAAUUUAUGAGCAAUGGUACGCUUUAUGAUGUGAUUCAUUCGGGUUCGAGACCUCUUUAUUGGGGUCGAAGGAUUCGAUUAGCCUUACAAACUGCUAAGGCUAUUGAAACUCUCCAUGCUUCAAAUCCCCCUGUAAUUCAUAGAGAUAUCAAGUCUGCUAAUGUGCUAAUUGACAGGAAUUACAAUGCUAGAUUGGGGGAUUUCGGGCUGGCGAUUCAGGGUUACGCUGAUGAUUAUCGACUCCGGUCGACGCCCCCGGCAGGAACCAUGGGGUACCUUGAUCCUUGCUAUGUCACCCCUGAUAAUUUAAGUACUAAAACCGAUGUGUUUAGCUUUGGAAUUUUGUUGUUGGAGAUUAUCAGUGGAAGGAAAGCUAUUGAUGUUGGAUAUUCCCCUCCUUCUAUUGUUGAUUGGGCUGUUCCUCUCAUUAAGAAAGGGAAAUUAAUGGCCAUUUAUGAUCCUAGAAUUGCUCCUCCUAAAGACCCUAUUGUUAGAAAACAAUUGGCUGUUAUUGCUGCUAAAUGUGUGAGGUCUUGUAGAGAGAGGAGACCUUCUAUGAAAGAUGUGGUUGUUUGGCUUACUGGGUUGAGCAAACUGGUUCCUCUGCAUUCAUGGAAUGGCUUUAACAAUCCAUGUUUGAUGGUGGAGACUGUAGGACGACCAGUCGAAAUGAGGAAUUCGCAAUCGAAUUUGAGAAGUCCUAGUGUAGAGGAUGGGGAUUUGGAUGUGGGUAAUGCAAAAAUGUCACGGCGAGACAUUAAAAACUCAAGGAGAGUUUAUUCUGAUUUGGGGAUCAGUAAUAACUUGAUGGAUCUCAUGGCUUGUAUUGAGGAGGAAUCUGGAUUUCGAGACGAGUCUAACCGUGUCGGGUCUCAUUCGAGAUUCUCCAACCGUUUCUUUAGUUCUAGAUUUGUUAGUGGAAGGAAUCAUGAAUUGGAGGCCAAAUGAAAACUUAUAUGUUGUGGAAGAGUUGGCAUGCUUGAAGCUUCAGAGAUCAUUCUGUUGAUGAUACACACACAAUUCAAUUCAAUUCAAAACUUUAAUGCAAUAAUCUGAGGUUGCAUCAGAUCUUGGCUGGGUUUUGACUUGUGAGCUUCUCUUUCUUGCAAAUUUCAAAUUGUAGGUAAAUUUUUUGGCAGCUUGAUUUUUUUCUGUGUUCAAUCAAUCUAAUGAUCUCAAGCAAGGUUAAUUAUAGAUCAUGGGCACAUUGCUGAUGUACCUCUUAUUUGUUAUUUCUGUUAUUGACUGAUUGCUGAUUGUUCAUAUGUUAUGGUAAAUUGAGUCUUUGUGUAUGAUAAAGAUAAAGAUUCUUUUCAAUGGCAUUCAAGCUGUAUCACACUUCAAAAGCUGUUGAUUGAGAAGUAUAAGUUCAAAAAUUGGUUGAUUUUGGUUUUAUAUUUCAAA